AUGCAGGUGUUCGUCACCUAUCCUUCGGAGCCCGCCAGCACCUUUUCAAGCCUAUCCGUCUUUGAAGUCGACCUUCUCCACGGGAAAGAAGAAAUCGAAUCUGUGUUCGAAACUCGAAGGCAGUUGGCACUUGGGAUCGCUAAACAGUUCGCUAGUUGCUUAUUCGGGAUCAGUUCUUGGCAAGAUUUGUGGGUCAUCGAAGGAAUGGCUAAUUACGUUGUUGGCUUAUAUCUAAAGUUCACUUUCACGUCAGCUCACUAUUUCGAUUGGAUCAGAACUGAGAACGACCUCGUUGUUCAGUAUCAAAAAGAACAUGACGGAAUUGUGUUGGAUGAGAGACCACUGAAGGAAUUUCGGCUGAGGCUUCUCAGUCAAAAGGAACGGAAGCGACCGCCGGAUUUUUACGAAACCUGGAAAUCCAUCGAUGCGUCGGAUUCCGAACAGUCCGAAGCAGAUGAGCCACCUUCAUUUACCAGAAUGCAAAAGCCGAUGACGUACCUCGAUUUACAGGAUCCGCAGACUUGUUCUGCGACAUUCCUGAAAAUGUACAUCAGGAAAGCUCAUUUGGUUUUCCGCCUGCUCGAGAAAGAGCUCGGAGAGAAACCAUUGCGCGAUACUUUAAUUAGCUUGUUUAAUUCUGCUAAAAGUGUCGUGGAAAGAAUGCUACACCCUGAUGAACCCGAGUGUUAUUUGGAGUCUGGAGAGGUGCUCAUAUCCACGCGAUGCUUGAUGAACGCCGCGAGGAUCCACCAAAUGACCCGGAAUUCUGUCCAGAUGUUUUUUGAGAAGUGGGUCUUUGCCCCGGGACACGUUCAGCUUCACAUAAGCUACUCAUUUUGCAAACAAACGCAAUGCCUCACACUUGUAUUCAAGCAACCUUGCUGUGGACACAGCUUGUCCGGAAAGUGUUUCCCGUUUGAGGGAUAUGUCGAUAUUUGGGUCCAAGAGGUGGAGAAGUUCUCCAAAGAAACCUUUUUCAUAUCUGACUCCCAUGUCAGCGUUUCCAUUCCUGCCACUCUGAAAUCAAGAAAGGCUAAGAAAAGAAAGGGCCUGAUCAUGUGGACUAUGCAAUUGCGCUAUGAUAGAGAUUAUUUGACGAAUCUAGAUGCCAUGAAAGUGUUGGAGACGCGACCUUCAGUUCAAUCUAGAAAUGCGUUGGGAGCGAUACUUGCGGAUAAUCUGCUUUAUCACAAGGCUCGAAUCCAGGCUGCGAUAGCUCUAGCCAGAGUUGUGAGCAAGCUCGGGAUAAUCUUCAGCGAUAUCAGAGAUUUCGAAGUCACCAGCAUUUACCUUCAAAUGUUUGGUCACAAAGUGGAUCCGUCUGUGGUGUGUUCCAAUGAUUUCCAAGACAUAGAGCAUUUCAGCUUAAAAAAGAACCUGCCGUUUGCAAUCGCCAAAUUGAGGAAUCACAAUGGCAUUUGUCCUCCCAACGUCGUAAGAGGCACGGCUUUCGACAGCAGAUUGAGAAAUCUUCUGUUAGACAUUUGGCGAUCCCUAUAUGGAACUGAAAUUCCUGAACCUUGGCUCACUGACACUGAGGAUGUCAGCAUUGGGCAUCACGAGCGGAUUGCUGGAGAACUCGAAUGCGGAGAUGACGGGAAUGGCUGCAUGAAAGAUAAAACUUGUGAUGUGGAAAAUAAGAUAGCCAAAGUCACUUGCGAUGAUUGCGUCAAGAGGGAAGUCAUUGAAGUAUUCGAAAAGGCUGAAGCUCACGUUGUUACAUGGCAAGCUCGUCAUGACAUUAUUGUCCCUGAAGUUGUCAACAGCGUUGUUCCAGAUUCUCAGAUUCCAGGAAAUGUCGUGGAGCAAAACACUAACCAGCCGGAAGUUAUCCCGGAGUCGCUGUCAAGUAAAUGGCGGGACAAAACAUGCAAGAAGUGCAACAAGAAAGAAGACGACUGCAUGUGUAUUCCAACAUCUUCCACUGAGCAAAUCAUUUUCCAAGAUUUUCUAAAAUGC